CGCUUGGCUUUGUCGUGACCUUCUCUCUCUCUCUCUCUCUCUCUCUCUCUGGUCUAGCUUCUAUCCUCUCACUAACACGAUGCCAAUCGUAUAUGGUGUUCGCUGCUUUUCUUUAACAGGAAGAUGGUUAAGCCGUAACGGUAGAACGAGUGCCUUCUAGGUAUUGAGAAUUGUCAAAUCUCAACAAAGUUUUUGACAAGUUUCAAAGUCUCAGAACACAGCCGUUUUUGCCGUUACUUAGUCUUGUCUCAGCUGUAUCUAAAUCCUCUGUCUCUGUUCAAAGAAAGGUACACGAACUGCUCUAUCACACUCCUUUGCAUCUUUUUGUUUACCGUAAGAUAUGAACCACUGAUGGAUCUGUACGGAUUUUAGCUCAUGUUUGGUAUAUUUUUUUUUUUUUUGUGCAACUGUUUAUAAUUUAUUUAUUUUUUCUGCGGAUUUAAUAGGUUUUUGGUUUAAAUUCAGUUUUUAAAAUUUUAAUAGGAAUCAAAGUAUCAUUUUGAGAAUUCAUUCAAAAAAUAUAAAUUCAGGGUCUCUCCCAUCAACUUGAGAUUCGUUCGAUUAUUUUAAACAAAUAUAUAAUUAUCACGGAAUACAUCACUUUUGACAUAAUUCUAAUUGGAACGUGUUUAUAUAUUCAUAUAUAUAUAUAUUUCUUGCAAGGCCCAUUUACAAAGAAAUGGCCCAAAAGUAUGUCUUAGAAAUGAUUAGCUGUGUGUUCGGCUUGGAGCAUCUCCAGUCCACCCCUAUUUCUAUCUAUUAAAUAGAGUAAAAUCAUUUCAACUAUAGAAUUCCUGGAAUACAUUAGAGAUGGUCUAUGAAAAGGCGUGUAACUAGUGUUCACCAAACGGUUGAUACACCAAGUUACUGAAUCACCCUCGGUAAUUUGAAUGUGUGAUGCAUCUCGCGAGGGGUAGAAUCGAAUUUUGGUAUCGGAAGAGGUUUUUCUGGAGACGUAAACCCUAACUUUCUCUCAUUCGGCAAAUGCUAUAAAAAGCCAAACAUUUCAUUAUUGUCAACACUAACCUUAGAAAAAAUGAUGAACAGCGUCUGUAUCAAUCCGUCAAAAACACAAUGUCUCCUUCUCCCGUCAAUGAUUUCCCUGGCCUCUACGCCACGGCGGAGACAGGUGUGUUCUGGGACAAGGAGGAAUGCGAGAUCACUGAUGACUUGAACGCUGCUCAGGUUCUCAAGAACAUGAGAAAAGCCCUUUUGGGUGGUGGUCAUCGUGGUCCUGUCACAUUCAACGCUUACGGUGAUAUAACUGGUCGUGACUUUGAAUCAACCGACAUCAAGCUCAAUCAUUUUCCCGCAGGAGAGAAAAACGCGAGACACACCAAAAUGUUGGAGGACAUUGUGGCUUGGGCAGCUGAGCAUCCUGAACCAUCGACGUUGAUGUUAGUCAUGAGUGACAUCUCUCAAGACUUUCUCGAUGUUGUUGAUCUUUUGACGACCAAGAAAAAUUACAGGUUUAAUGAAGUGCUUCCACAUUCACCACCACCACCACCAAGGCCACUGAUGCUGACUCUGUUGACUAAUGGUGAUUCUAGUGACUAAUGGUGAUUCUAGUGGCUAGUAGGAACUCUAAUAUACUCCCUAUGUUCCUAAAGUAGGAUUUUUUGGGGGUUUUUCCUUGUUCCACAAAGUAAGAUUUUGUGUAAUAAUAUUAAUGUUUUUUUCAUUUAGAAUUAACUCAGUCAAUGCUUAUUUAUGAGAACUUCUUAAAUGCUUUAUGGGUAAAAGACAAAUUUUUUGGGUAA